ACCAGGAUCUUGAGUUAUCCGCCAGCCGUUGACCUCCAUGGCUCUCUGCCCAUAGUCUGCUACGUCUCCAAGGACUCCAUCUUGGGCCAGCCGCCCGCGGAAGCCGGUACGGUGAUGCGCCGGACGACGGUUUUGGCCCUGGUCUCCAUCGUCGCGCUUUACCUGGUGAUGGGGGCUGUCGUCUUCCGACUCCUCGAGCAGCCCCACGAAGCUCUCCAACAGGUGAAGAUCCAGGCUUACCUGGAGCACUUCCUGAAGGCCCACGAGUGCGUGGCGGUGGAAGACCUGGAGGAGCUGAUCCAGCAAGUAAACGAGGCGACGGGGGCCGGUGUGGAUCCAGCGGUCAACAGUAGCAGCGCCAACACCUCUCGCUGGGAUAUGGACAGCGCAUUUUUCUUCGCCGGCACCGUCAUCACUACCAUUGGGUUUGGGAAUAUCUCUCCCAAGACCAGAUACGGCCAGCUUUUCUGCAUUUUUUACGCCCUGGUGGGAAUUCCUCUUUUUGGGAUGCUGCUUGCCGGGGUUGGAGAUCAACUGGGAUCUUCUCUCAGGAAAGGCAUCGGAAAAGUGGAAGAUAUUUUCCUGAAAUGGCAAGUCAGCCCCACCAUCGUCCGAGUCCUUUCGGCCGUGCUUUUCAUCCUGAUCGGCUGCCUGCUCUUCGUCUCGUUGCCCACGCUCAUUUUCCAACACGUGGAAGGCUGGACCCUCCUGGAGAGCAUCUACUUUGUGGUCAUCACCUUGACCACGGUGGGCUUUGGGGACUACGUGGCAGGUGCGACGGGAAGCAGCACUUAUUUCUGGUACCAACCGCUGGUGAUUGUCUGGAUUCUCCUGGGAUUGGCCUACUUCGCUUCCAUUCUGACCAUGAUCGGCAACUGGUUGCGGGCUUUGUCCCGACGCACGAGAGCUGAGAUGGGAGAUCUCACGGCGCACGCCGCCUCCUGGACCGGCAACGUGGCAUCGCAGCUCCGUGUCCCGAACGUGGCAUUCCCGGACAAAUUGCCACGCGUACCUUCUUUAAAAGGGAAGCCGCUGUCGCCUUCUGCCAUCUUGCCACAAGGGGAAAACCCCCUGUCUUCUCCGCCGCCUCCCUUCCUCUUGCAGCAUCCGGCUCUGAUGCCCUCCGUCCCGAUGUUGUGCCCGGGGCAUUCCUCGCCCCCGCCACAAAACACCGCUCCGCUCAACGCCUGCAUUUCCCCCCGGCCGAUAGACUACACGGGAGAAAAUCUAGCUUUCAUCGAUGAGAGCUCCGACACGCUCAGCGAAGGAGGGCCCCCUUCCACCCGUCUGCCCCGCCGCUGGUGCCCGCGGGCACGUCACCGCACGGAUCCCGCUGUGCCCCCGGGGUUACCUUUGAUUCUUCUCAGCAGGACCCGGGACAAAGGCGAAUCGGUGUAAAGACAG